CCGAACUCACUUUACACAUGACGCUGCCGAGAAAAGCGCCGCAUUGAGCUUUCGGGAGCUUUUCGCGAGUGCGCUGCCUUCGGAACUGCGAUUUAUUGUUUUUAAAUUACCAAUUUACAUAUUAUAUUCUAAAUACCAACGCCACAUUAACACUCGCAAAGAUAUUUCAACAUUACUAACUAACAUCUAACUCAAAAGAAAAGUUUGCAACUGCUAUUAAAAAAAAAAAAAACAAAAAGAAUGUUCAAACUUCAAAAAAAGUGUGAGAAAAAAUAAAUUCGAAAAUCAAAACCGUUAUUUUUUUUUAAUUUGUAACAAAACAAGAUCACGAUGUCACUCGGAAAACAGCCUAAUGAACACAUCAAGAGGCCGAUGAACGCCUUCAUGGUGUGGUCCAGGGGACAGAGGAGGAAAAUGGCGCAAGACAACCCGAAGAUGCAUAACUCGGAGAUUUCGAAGCGACUGGGCGCAGAGUGGAAACUUCUCACGGAGAUGGAAAAGCGACCGUUCAUAGAUGAAGCGAAGAGGCUCAGAGCACUCCACAUGAAAGAGCAUCCCGACUACAAAUACCGGCCGAGGAGAAAGCCUAAGGCUCUCGUGAAGAAGGAGCCCAAGUUCGGGUUCGGCAUCAGCGGGCUCAUGGCGCCCGUGCCGAGGCUGGUAGCACCGUCCAUGCCACAACAGAUGUCGCUGCCGAUACCGCACCAUCUCUUACCUGACAAGCCUGACCUGGGACGAGCACUGUUCCCUCCGCUGCCGUACCCAUUCUACCCCUUCGCGAAGAUACCGUCCGACGAUGGGAAGCUAGCUGCUGAAUUAGCGCAUUUACAGGCCUUAUAUGGCGGUGCGUUGUACAGCAGCGCGCUGUAUAACAGCGCACUGUCCCCCUGCGGCUGUCCGCCGCGGCGCAGUCCGUCACCCCCUGCUGACGUGAAACGUCCCGUAGCCUACGUCCUGAUGAAGAGUGAUGAGGAGCCGCCUCAGCACGUCAUAUGAAGGCCGGUGGCGCUCCCGGCCCGCGCUUGGCCUCCGCCCGCGCACUGGGAGCGACCCUCCACGUCUAUUGACAGGGACAACAGUUCCCCAGACAGCGUGUGAGUGUGUAAAGACCUACAACAGUGUUCUAAAGAACGAUUAAAAGUGUGAGACUGAAAAUCGAACAAGGUUUGAGUGUUUGAAAAACUCUUUUAAAAUAACGGUACUGAAAGAGAAAAAAAGUUUAGUCAUGACGUCUUGAAAGUUCUUGAUUCAGAUGGUUCUUCAAAUUUGUAUGGAGGGUAGUAGUCAGUCUUCGGCAGACUCCAAUUUUUUUUGAAACGCAGGACACUUUAUUGUCAAUCGUUUGGCAAAAGGUUACAAUUUAUUUGAUCCCCGUUUCUUUUUAAUAUUAUUAUAAUAUACAAUUAUUUGUCGGCAAAUGGCAAACAAAGUUUACUUAUCCAUUUUUUAUUGCCAAAGCAUCAAAUAUAUUCUAUUCAAUAAGUAACUAAAGCAGUGAAAAUGAUUUUAUUCAUCAUUCACUACAUUAUUUGGGUAGUAGUAGGGUAUUUUACGGAUAUUUUAUUUCAAGAAGAAUCAAUCUUAUAUUGUUAUUAUAAGUUAAUCACGAUUUCACGAAUAUCAUGCAUGACUGGAUUUAUUGAAGUUAUACUUCUUUAGGCGCGUUAUGAAAAAAUGAUGAGAGUGAAAUUUUAAGAUGCGCGCGCAUCACUGUAACACAAAAUUUUAACAGCAUGAAGUU